AUGAGACUCCAGUUCAAUCCGAAGAAGAGUGCGAUGGUGGUGUUCUCAGGUCACCUUUGCAAACUACCUCAAAGAGACAAGAGGAGGAGUGGACCAGGACGUACCAAAAACACAUUACACAGAUUGCAAGCGCAACUGCUGUGGAGCUCUAACAGAUUUGAGCUUUCGAAGACCUACUGGAAAGCGGUCGCGGUCCCCAAACUCACCUACACCAACGCUGUCACAUCGAUGACCGCGGCAACGCGCGACGCGAUGGAGAUUUCGCAACGUCCCUAUUAUCGCCAGAUCAGCGAAAGGAUAAGGACCACGCAAGACCUCGCCUGGGUGGCUGGGAUAUCCGGUAGAACAAUGCUCAGAGUAUAUCGCCAUUAUAAAGACUCGAGAACAUCACCGGUUCAUAUCUACGACAACAGCAGAGGAUCUGCCCUCCUGGCGCUUGCCAGAGCGGGCUCCCUACCUACCAGGGUACACAGAUCGCUCUUCUCCACCGACCCAGAAACGACAUGCAAUAAGUGCGGCGUGUAUCCGGAAACACUCGAGCACGUAAUCUUCAAUUGCAAUGAAUGUUACUUCACGACAGACGAACUCGCAAUCAAACUGGGUUUGACCACAGAGCUUAAUCGCCAUGCCGUAGAGUCAACGAAGCGCCUCCUCGAAAAAUGGGAGCGUGAAACCUCUGGAUCCGCUGAGCCAACUCGCGCCUGA